AUGCAUCCCCACCUGCACACAAAAGACAACACCGCUUGCGAGGACCUCAUGACGGCUCUCGAAGAGUGUCACGAGCGCGGGUUUUUGUGGAAGUCAAUGGGCAUGUGCAAUAGCGCCAAAGAGUCCCUCAGCGCCUGUCUCCGAGCAGAGAGAAGGAAACGCCAGGAUACCAACCGCAACAAGUCUCAGGAAAAGAGGGAUGCCAUUCGGCAAAAGUGGAAGGAGAUUGACGAAAACUCCUAA